AUGCCUUACAAGAGAAAGUACAAGAAGGGGAACACAGCCACCAGUCAAAGAGCUACCGCUGAAGCAACUCACGAAGAGACUGUUCCGACUCAAACAGCAGUCCCCACUGCUCCUACAGCUUCACCUCCUAACACUUCGGACAUGGAUAUGAGAGGAGCCAUCCAGCUGCUUACUCAUAUCGUUGCCAACCAGGCGCAGCGACAAGAAUCAGCCCCUUGCUUAAGUGCUAAUGGUGGGUCAAAUAGUUCAAGAACUCAGGAAUUCUUGCGAAUGAAACCUCCAACUUUCACAGGGACUAAGGCUGAGGAGGAUCCACAGAACUAUAUUGAUGGCCUACAGAAAGUGUUUCGUAUUAUUCAUGUCACUGAGACUGAGGCAGCAGAAUAUGCUCCUCACAUGGUUCCCGACAUGAGGGCAACGGUUAGGAGAUUUGUACUGGGGUUGAAACCCGAAUUGUAUAGAGAUGCCAAGACUGCUGCUCAGAAUGAUAAGAUGACUAUCUCUAAGAUCUUGGCAUUUGUGCAAGGUAAUGAAGCUGAACUGAAGGAAGAGGAAGCUCUGCAGAAACAAAAGGAUAAAGAAUUCAACAAGAGGGCUAAAUCUUCAAGUAACUUUAGUCAGGGAGGAGGUAGACGGUUCUUUAAGAAUAGGUCAGCAAGACCCACUCCAUCUGCAGCUAGUGCCCCAGUCCCUAAUUUCAAAAAUGACAAGAAGCAGAACUUUAGACCAUCGAGUUCUCAUUCUCAGGCUAAUGUGGGUCAGUCAGUCUAUACUAUUCCAGCUUGUAGCAAGUGUACCAAGAGACACUUGGGUGAGUGUCGUAUGGGUACAAAUGCGUGCUAUGGUUGCGGCCAGAAGGGCCACAUUCAGAAGGACUGUCCAUCAGCCAGACAGGGUACCGGAGGUAAUGUGACGCAUUCCAUAAAUUCAACAGAUCCUCGUUACAAUCAGACCCAGCAGGGGCGUGGCACGACAAGGUCCAGCAAUACAGGCGGUGGUCAGAAACCGUUUUUUAUGCAUUGA